AUGCCAAAGCGCAGACAGGCUGUGCUCCGUCCUCGGAGUGCGAGGCGGGUAGAGGUUGCCUGUUCUCGCUCACGAUCACGCAGUCCUGCAAGCGAGUGCAGAGCUAGCCGGUCGGCAGAGCGCUAUCAGCCAAGAAGUGAGAGGAGUAGCAGCGACGGUGCCCGACAUGAGCUGGAGCCGGAGAGAGAGGAAGAGGAGGAUCCUGAGGAGUACCACGCGGAAUCAGAGGAGGCGGAGGAGGAGCGGAGAGCUUCGAGUGGCAAGCGAAAAAGGCGUAGGCAGCGAUCCCCGGGAGGAGACGCAGAGCCGGAGAAGCGCAGAAAGGUGCGGAAGGUUCGCCGGCACAAGUCACAGAGGGACGAGCAGGUCGCAUCGUGCAGCGGGUCUGAGAGGGAGCUCGACACGCCUCAAGAACAAGCCUUCUCCAGGCGGAACAGCAAGGAGCCGAUCGAUGAGGCGGAUGCAGCUCUGCUGCGUGAGCUCAUCCGGGGUGUGUACGAGCGCUGCAACCCAUCGAAAAUGCUGAAGCUUCCGUCCAUCUUCAAGAAGUACUCUGGGCUUGAGGCGGAGGUCUAUUGGAAAGCUUGUCGGAAGUACAACGAGGCGCCGGAGAUAGAUCUGAGCCGCUUCGGAAUCAUGGAGGAGUCGUCAGAGCUGCCGCAGGCUGCAACUUCUCGAGGCUACGCCAAGAAGGCGAGUGCCCCGCCGCCACGGAAUGGGUCUGACAAGAAAUCGAGGAGGCAACACGCAGCCCGACCCAUCGAAGGACCAAAGCCAGGGAGUGGUGGGGCUUGGCCUUUCGAGGAGGACUACGAAGGAAACUCGUCUGGGUCAUCUGAUGAUCGGGAUGCACACAGCAGGCCGCCUGGCCUUUGGCAGUGUGCCCCACCGCCCUGGGGAGUGCCAGCCUGGUCUGGAUAUGCUCCGCCGCUGGCGAGCCCCGGUGCAUGGCUGCCGCCGUCAGGCAGCCCCGGCGCCUGGGUCCCUCCCCCUGCAGCAAAGGUUGCGGCGACUCCUCCGGAGGCUGAGUCCUUGGAUCCGGAUCUCAAGGACCUUCUUUACGGCUCCCGCACCAAGUCUGAUCCCUCUUCGGGGCCACCACCGGGACCCCCACCGGGCCCUCCGCCAGGGCCGCCACCAGGGCCCCCCAUGUCCAUGGCGCCUCCCCUCGCGCCACCCCCGGCAUCACCCUUCGAAAGUCGCAUGCUGCGAGCUGAGAUCAAGUUGUACUGUACCGACAGCUUCGGAACUGUUGCAGCCGUUGGUCCGCACCGCACCGUCACCUGCGUAGACAAGGGAGAAUAA